AUGGACACUGGCCCCGCCCAGGCUCCCAGGAGCUCCAGAGCUGGCCCUGAGCCAGGCCCUGUCCCACCAGGCCCUGGGGACACGGGUGACUCAGACGUGACUCAGGAAGGCUCAGGUCCUGCUGGCAUCCGUGGAGGUGAGAAGGUGGUCAGAGCUGGGAUGGGGGACGCCCCAGGCAGAGGGGCAGCCCAGAGAAAGCGCAGGGCCCAGCCUGGCCGGCCUGGGAAGUAUGAACGGAGACCACCGGAAGGCCCCACCAGCAUGAGCAGCCUCAGCCAGAAAGAAGAACUCCAAGAUGAGGACAAGAACUCAGCAUUCACCUGGGAGGUCCAGGCCAACAACCGCGCCUACAACUCGCAGCUCAAAGAGAAGGUGUUCCUGUGCUGGCGGAGGAGGAAGCACAAGACCAACAUCAUCCGCACAGCCAAGUACAACUUCUUCUCGUUCCUGCCGCUGACGCUGUACGAGCAGUUCCACCGCUUGUCCAACCUGUACUUCCUCCUCAUCAUCAUCCUGCAGGGCAUUCCCGACCUCUCCACGCUGCCCUGGUUUUCACUCUUCGCUCCCAUGAUCUGCCUCCUCUUCAUCCGUGCCGCCCGGGACCUGGCGGAUGACAUUGGGAGACACAAGAGUGACAGAGCCAUCAACAACAGGCCCUGCCAGAUUCUGAUGGGCAAGAGCUUCACGUGGAAGAAAUGGAAGGACCUGUGCGUGGGGGAUGUGGUCUGUCUCCACAAGGACAGCAUCGUCCCGGCCGAUAUGCUCUUGCUGGCCAGCACGGAGCCCAGCAGCCUCUGCUAUGUGGAGACAGUGGACAUUGAUGGGGAGACCAACUUGAAGUUCAGACAGGCCCUGACGGUCACUCACCAGGAACUGACCACCGUGAGGAAUAUGGCGUCCUUUCAAGGCACAGUGACAUGUGAGGCGCCCAACAGCCGGCUGCACCGCUUCGUGGGGUGCCUGGAAUGGAAUGACCAAAAAUAUUCCCUGGAUAUUGGCAACCUCCUCCUCCGAGGCUGCAAGAUUCGCAACACAGACACCUGCUAUGGGCUGGUCAUUUAUGCUGGUAUGGCCGGCCGCUCCAGGGCCCUCGAGCCGGAGCUGUCCCGAUGGGGCGUGGUGGAUGGAUGUGGGGAUGGGUGGACAGAUGGCUGGGUAGAUGGGUGCAUCUUCAUCUCCGUGGUGCUCGUCUCCCUGGUAUUGGCCUUCAGCUCCGGUUUCCUGGCCGGAGAAUUCAAAGACAAGCACUACUACGUCUCGGCCCUGCACCGGGACAGCGUGGCCACAGACACCUUCCUCAUGUUCUGGGGCUUCCUCAUCCUGCUCAGCGUCACCAUCCCCAUGGCCAUGUUCAUCAUAUCCGAGUUCAUCUACCUGGGGAACAGCGUCUUCAUCAACUGGGACGUGAACAUGUACUACGAGGCGCAGGACGUGCCGGCCAAGGCCCGAAGCACCAGCCUCAACGACCACCUGGGCCAGGUGGGGUACAUCUUCUCGGACAAGACGGGGACGCUCACGCAGAACAUCCUGACCUUCAACAAGUGCUGCAUCAACGGCCGCGUCUACGGGCCGGAUUCGGAGGCCAGGAGACCUAAGGAGAACCCCUACCUCUGGAAUGAGUUCGCGGACGGGAAGCUGCUCUUCCACAACGCGGCCCUGCUGCGGCUGGUGCGGAACAACCGGGACGAGGCGGUGCGGGAGUUCUGGCGCCUGCUGGCCAUCUGCCACACGGUGAUGGUGCGGGACAGCCGCGGUGAGCGCCCGCCGCCCCGCCAGCUGUCCUACCAGGCUGCCUCCCCCGACGAGGAGGCGCUGGUCACCGCGGCGCGGAACUUUGGCUACGUCUUCCUGUCCCGCACCCAGGACACCAUCACCGUCAUGGAGCUGGGGGAGGAGCGGGUCUACCAGGUCCUGGCCAUUAUGGACUUCAACAGCGUGCGGAAACGGAUGUCGGUGCUGGUCCGCAAGCCAGAGGGCACCAUCGGCCUCUACACCAAGGGCGCAGACACGGUCAUCUUCGAACGCUUGCACCGGAGAGGGGCCACGGAAUUCGCCACAGAGGAGGCCUUGGCUGCCUUUGCCCAGGAGACCCUGCGGACGCUGUGCCUGGCCUACAGGGAGGUGGCUGAGGACAUUUACGAGGAGUGGCAGCCACGCCACCAGAAGGCCAGCCUCCUGCUGCAGAACCGGGCACAGGUCCUGCAGCAGGUGUACAGUGAAAUGGAGCAGAACCUCAAGCUGCUGGGAGCCACAGCCAUCGAGGACAGACUCCAGGACGGCGUCCCUGACACCAUCAAGUGUCUCAAGAAGAGCAACAUCAAAAUAUGGGUGCUCACCGGGGACAAGCAGGAGACGGCUGUGAACAUCGGCUUCGCCUGCGAGCUGCUGUCAGAGAACAUGGUCAUUCUGGAGGAGAAGGAGAUCACCCGGAUGCUGGAGUCCUACUGGGACAGCAACAGCAACUUUCUCACCAAGAAGUCCCUGUCCGGGGUCAACCUGGCCUUGGUCAUCAAUGGAGACUUCCUGGACAAGCUACUGGUGUCCCUGCGGAAGGAGCCUCGAGCCCUGGUGCAGAACGUGAACGUGGACGAGGAGUGGCAGGAGCCUGCCCAGUCCAGGAGGGACUUCCUCCACGCCCGGCGCCUGUCCCUGAUGUUCCGGAGCUUCGGGAUCCCGCUGGCCCCGCCGGCCCCGCCACCGCCGCAGUCCCAGGAUUCCGGAGGCCGCUGCACCUCCGAGGUGCUACAGGAGCGCACCUUUGUGGACCUGGCAUCCCACUGCCAGGCGGUCAUCUGCUGCCGCGUGACGCCCAAGCAGAAGGCCCUGAUCGUGGCGCUGGUGAAGAAGUACCACCAGGUGGUGACCCUGGCCAUCGGGGAUGGCGCCAACGACGUCAACAUGAUCAAGACUGCGGACGUGGGCGUGGGGCUGGCGGGCCAGGAGGGCAUGCAGGCGGUUCAGAACAGCGACUUCGUGCUGGGCCAGUUCCGCUUCCUGCAGCGCCUCCUGCUGGUGCACGGCCGCUGGUCCUACAUGCGCAUCUCCAAGUUCCUGCGCUACUUCUUCUACAAGACCAUGGCCAGCAUGAUGGUGCAGGUCUGGUUCGCCUUCUACAACGGCUUCACCGCGCAGCCCCUGUACGAAGGAUGGUUCCUGGCCUUCUACAACCUCCUCUACAGCACCAUUCCAGUUCUCUACAUCGGGCUCUUUGAACAGGACAUAAGUGCGGAGCAGAGCCUGGGGAAGCCGGAGCUGUACGUGGUGGGGCAGAAGGAUGAGCUCUUCAACUACUGGGUCUUCUUCCAAGCUGUCGCCCACGGCAUGGCCGCCUCUCUGAUCAACUUCUUCAUGACGCUGUGGAUCAGCUGGGACACGGCGGGGCCUGCCAGCUUCAGCGACCACCAGUCUUUUGCGGUCGUGGUGGCCCUGUCCUGCCUGCUGUCCGUCACCAUGGAGGUCAUUCUCAUCAUCAAGUACUGGAGUGCCCUGUGUGUGGUCAGCAUCCUUCUCAGCUUGGGUUUCUAUGCUGUCAUGACGACCACCACCCAGUGCCUCUGGCUCUUCAGAAUGGCCCCCAAGACCUUCCCAUUUCUAUACGCCGAUGUCAGCGUGCUGUCCUCCCCGUCCAUCCUGCUGGUGGUCCUGCUCAACGUGUCCUUGAACACCCUGCCUGUCCUGGGCCUCCGAGUCAUCUUCCAAGCCCUCAGGAAGGCGCGUGCCGAGGAAGAGAAGGUGGAGGAGGGCCCCAGAGAGGACAUUUUCACCGUGGAGCCUGUGCCUCAUUUAUACCGGGAGUCUCAUGCCCGGCGUUCCAGCUACGCUUUCUCCCACCAUGAGGGAUAUGCGGACCUCAUUACUCAGGGCACAAUUCUGCGGACUGGACCAGGGGUCAGCGAUGACAUUACCUCUGAUUCUUCAGCCCCAUGUGAUGAAGGGGCGUCCUUGAGCCCGAAGGAGUCACACUGGCAUCUCAGGAAGGAGAAAUCACUGUUGCUGAGAAGAAGCCAGCUGUCAGCUUCCGAGAGCCGGCCACAACCUCUGGCGAGCCAGUCACUGCUUUCAGGCCAGCUGACGUUGGAGAGCCAGGCAGAAUCCUCGGAGAAGUCAGCGUUUUUGAGGCCCUUGACACAGUUCCGGAAGAGCUGGCAAAAGGAGCCCCACACACCCAAGGAGGGGACAGCACCACUCUCAGACGAGACCCAGGAAUCUCAGGUGGAGACUCUGCCUCCGAGUCCGGGAGAAUCCUCCAUGAGCCAGCAGCCCAUGUAGGUGGAGCCCUGCCCAUCGUCACCAUGGAGUGGCUGCUGGUGUACGUCGAGGAGCAGCCACCCCUGCCCCCAGAGGAGCAGUCAUUGCCCUAUACAAGCCCCCCAGCAUUCAGGAGGCCUUCCUCUGAAUACAAGGGUUCUACACACUUUUCUUUUUCUAAUAAACCAGGGUCCAUCUGACCCCAGCGCUAAUUCAG